AUGAGGGCACCAGCUGACCAGAGAGACAGAUCCAAGUGGUGCGAGUUUCAUGCCGACCAUGGACAUCGGACAGAGGAUUGCAUUGCACUAAGAUUGGAGGUGGCGCACUUACUCAAAGGAGGUCACCUCACUGAAUUCCUAACAGAUAAAGGCCAACACACCUUGAACCAAGGAAGGGAGAGACGAGACGAACACAGAGAAGUCACUCCGCCAAAACCGCCCAACCAUGAAAGGACAGUCAACGUAAUUUCUGGGGGCUCAGAAGUUAGUGGAAUUACACACUCUGCUGCAAAGAGGCACACCAGACAAGCAAGAUCUAACAAGGCGGAAGGAGAUGUACCCGGUCGGGCCAGGACAGACCUGCCAACCCAGACAAUCAGCUUUCAAACUACAGAAUCAGACAAGCUUCUUAACCCUCAUCACGAUGCUUUAGUUAUUUCUAUCUAUAUUGCCAAUUGUCUUACGAAACGGGUAUUGAUUGAUAACGGCAGUUCCGCCAAUAUCAUGUUUAUUAGUGCUUUCAGGGAGAUGGGUUUAAGCGAGUCCAGCAUAACAAAGAAAACCGCCGUCCUCAUAGGAUUCAGCGGCGAGAGCAAGACAACCGUCGAAGAGAUCGACUUACCUAUCUAUGCCGAAGGAGCCAAUUUGUCAACAAGAUUCCUAGUAGUUGAUGCCCCCUCUGCAUUCAAUGUUAUCCUUGGUCGACCAUGGAUCCAUGACAUGGAGGCAGUCCCUUCCACCUUCCACCAAGUAGUGAAGUUUCCGACCAAAUGGGGCAUCAAGGAGAUCAGGGGAGAACAAAAAGACUCUAGAUCCUGCUAUCAAACCACCAUGAAGUCCAAGCAGGCCUUAUAG